ACGGUUAGGCAAGUUUGGUUCCACAAUUGGCUUCCAUUUUGGUAUAAAUUUACAGUUUGGUGGAUCGGAUCAAUCCUCUGACGCGCUUCUUCUCCUUCGCGAUAAAACCUAAGAAAGAUUCCCCUUUCCUUCAAUCCAGCAUCCGCCAUGGAUCUUGAGGCUGACAUCCGGGCAUUACAGCUUGAUUCGGCAGAAGAAAACAACGGAGUUGUCGUUUCUGAAGAUCAUCACCCAGAUGGAGUUGAGAAAUUGGAUAAAGCAGAAGAAGACCUGAAAGAUAAUUUGCAAGAAUCAGCUCCAGUACCUGUUGAGCAACAAGCUACUGAGGAUCAUGAUCAGGAAAUGCUCCUUCCAGUGCAUAACCCAGCGAAAGCUAAAGAGAAGGCAGCCCAAGAGAAGGCUGCGAAAGAGGAAGCGGAAGAAGAGGCAGAAGCAAACAAAAAGCGACACUUGAAUUGUGUCUUUAUUGGUCAUGUUGAUGCAGGAAAGUCUACAAUUGGAGGACAGAUUCUCUUUCUCAGCGGUCAGGUGGACGACCGACAAAUCCAGAAGUAUGAGAAGGAAGCAAAAGACAAAAGUAGAGAAAGUUGGUAUAUGGCAUAUAUAAUGGAUACAAAUGAAGAAGAGAGGGCCAAGGGUAAAACAGUUGAAGUUGAAGGCUCAUUUUGAAACUGAAAGCACAAGGUUUACCAUUUUGGAUGCUCC